AUUUCCUAUCUGCCUCCCCAGCUGCUUGAAUGCCUAAGUGCCCGGAAUUCUCGCUAUCCUUCAUUGAACCCCAAUUCUGACGAUUUUGCGUCGAGACCUCCAAGGACAACUUCAAAUCUAACUCCGCCCACAAUGCUCCAGGAUGUUGGGGGCACUGUUCCCCCAAACACUGACCAUGCAGUCAGUGUAUCCCUGCCGACAUGGAAAGCCAAUGUUGCCUACGAAGAAGGAGAACCGUGGGUGAUCGAUAAGAUGCAAUGUGGCUAUCCUCGAUUCUUUGUCCAUCCGAUCAUUCAGGAGCUCGCAAAGGAAGUGGUACUGCGCCACGGGCGGCCAGAAACAGAAACCGCUAUGCUGUUUCCGUCUCCGAAAACGGCACGAACAUGUUAUUCGUUCUUUCUGUCGAGAUUAUCCGGCGCCGAAUCGCUGAAGGUUCGGCUCAUAGACCUUGCACCCCCUUCUCACACGGACCUCCAGUCUCCUACUGUCACCUCACUCUUAUCGGGUGUUAUUUAUCCGAAGGAGUAUGGGCCAAUUGCCAAGCAAGUGUGGCAGCACUCCGGCAGUGGUAUAUCAAGUCGCCGAGGUGAAUUCUGUCUCGACGCUUUGCGAGAUGGCUUUCUGCAAGAAAAGAAAGACAUGGAUUUGGAAACGACGUCACAAAGGAUCUGCAAGGGCCCGCGGAGGUACCAGGGGAAGGACUCGGUCACCGAACUCGUUCGAGGGACCGGGCCACAGCCUACGGCACCGAACCCAUCAGCCACAACCAGUGGAUCACAAGAAGGGCGCGAGUAUGCUCAGUUCAUUGAAGAACGUUUUGGUCGGAAUCUCAGCACCUCCCUAUCCCAGCAAGCCAAAGUGGCUGUUCGCAAGCGAAUCGCGGGUGUUCUAACGGCGAAUGUCGAUUUGAGCGAAGCCCUGCAAAAGACCGCUGGGGAAGGCAGAAUAGCAGGGCUGAGCGAGUCGGACGUUUAUAUCUUUCCAUCAGGGAUGAACGCCAUUUUCAGUACGCAUCAAAUGCUGCUCAGUGCAAGAAGUGCUAUGAAAAGCGUAUGCUUUGGAUUUCCAUACAUUGACACACUAAAAACUCUGGAAAAAUGGGGACCCGGCUGCCUAUUCUAUGGGAACGGCUCAUCUGAGGAUCUGGAUGACUUGGAAUUGCGUUUAGACAAUGGUGAAAGGUUUCUGGCGCUUUUCACUGAAUUCCCCGGAAAUCCACUACUGAAAUCGCCCGACCUUCGACGUAUUCGUGCCCUUGCGGAUAAGCAUGACUUUGCUGUUGUGGUGGAUGAAACGGUGGGCAAUUUUAUCAACAUCAAUGUUUUACCAUACGCCGAUGUUGUCGUCAGCAGCCUGACAAAAAUAUUCAGUGGGGAUAGCAAUGUCAUGGGAGGAAGUGCUGUUCUCAACCCACACGCUCGUUAUUAUCAGUCUUUGAAGGAAACCUUUUCCCGAGAAUAUGAGGACAACCUUUGGGCAGAAGAUGCUGUUUUUCUGGAACGGAACAGUCGUGAUUUUGUGUCCAGAAUUGAGAAAAUAAAUCAAACUACAGAUGAGAUAACAGAGAUGCUAAGGAAUUCCUCACUCGUUAAAAAUGUUUAUUAUCCGAAAUACAGCCCAUCGAAGCCAUUCUACGAUGCGUUUCGCAACCCUAAUGGUGGUUAUGGUGGUCUCUUCUCUGUUACCUUCUAUUCUACGGCUGCUGCGGCCGCUUUCUUUGAUUGCCUUGAAGUGUUGAAAGGCCCUAGUCUUGGCACAAAUUUUACCUUGGGCUCGCCGUACACCCUUCUAGCCCACUACGGCGAACUUGACUGGGUAUGUUUGUCAAGAAUGCAUAAAACCCUUUUCUUUCACCCAUUCCAGAACUUCAGGUCUUCUAACCAGUCUAUACAGGCGAGCUCCUUUGGAGUGGAAUUUGACUUGGUCAGGAUAAGUGUUGGUCUGGAAGAGGUAUCGGACCUCCGCGACAGAAUACAAAAGGCCCUAGAUGCUGCGGCAAGCGCUCGGGCAUAGACAUGGAUGGUCCGAGGAUCUUGGUGUAGGAAAUGAAUUCGAUAACAAUGAAGUAUCCAAUCUGCCUUUACAAACAUCUGACUACAUUGCGACUAAAACAAAUUUCACUCGGGUGAGACGAUUUUUACUACCCUAUGGCUAUGGACAUACUAUUCUAUAUCAACCAAUGUGGUGUGGCGAGGCUCAAGUACUUUUGACUAUUAGGUUGCCAUUGACCAUCUUUAAAAUAAGUUCAGAUCCUU